GUUGGUUCUUGUUCCAAAAACAGGCGCUGAAGUUAUCAUCGUUGCACUCUGUGCCCGCUCUGUGGCAGCCGCGCGCGCAAGUUGACUGGACAUGCAAGCGAACGGUACAGUCAGCCUUGACCCACCCCCUCCAUCGCACUCUACACAAGGGAAGGGUGAGAGAAACAACAACCCCGAAGUGCUAUCAAGAGAGAUGGAGGUUGUUGUCACCAUUGGCAUCAACAUUUCAUUCUCUUUCCUUUCACUUCCCCCCCUACGCUCCGCGAUCGAGAAAGAGAGAGAGAGCGCGAUGAUCUUCUCUACCAUUUUACAAGCUCUUGCAUACAUCGGUCUCAUCUCUACCGCCCCUUCGCCAUUCGAGGUUGACAAUGGUCUCGUUGGUCCACCGGGUGAAAUCCAUUUUAUCAACGUUACUGAGGGGCGAAGAGUCAACGUCAGGUUUCUCGGAGGGAAUUGGACGGAUCCGCAUGGCAAAGUAUUUGCCAAAAUUCUUCCUGGUAUCGGUGGAGAACAAGGGUACUUCGAUACCGUAAAGCCUCCAGUAUUCCAUCUAGAUGUUCGACAAACCAUACAGUUCGUGAGCGAUGGAAGAUACGGUUACGUCCAAUUGAAAGGUUUCAGACUUGGAAAUCUUGGUCCUGCCAUCUUAUCCGUUGAGACAGACUCGGCCGAUAACCUCAAAUGGAACAACCAAAUUUUGUAUUCCCUUGGUAACUUCUCCAGUACCGGCGUGUCAGCUCCUAUCUGGGCGGUGGGACCGCCUGCACUCCCGCCUAAGUGA